AUGGCAUUGAAUAACUCGUUAACUGGUGCUAGAAAGGUCGAUAAUCGGAUGCUUUUAGUUCAAGUGUUAGUUGGAAUUUUUCUUUGCAUCAACAUUUUUCUGAUCGCAACAUUUUUUACAAAGGACCUCUUCUACACAACCAUGCGCUAUAUCUUAUUUGCUGUGACCCUGCUGUCCGAUUGCCUGAUUUUAUUCAUAACCAACAUCAUGGUCAUCUUGAGCUACUUUAAUGUCAGCAUACACAUGUGCUUGUGUCUUAUUUUGUACAUUGUUUUGUCGGUGUACACAUUUGUCACACCAUUUACUCUGACAGCAAUGACUCUGGAGCGCUAUGUGGCCAUCUGCAUGCCUCUGCGACAUGCAGAGCUGUGCACCACGCGGGGUUCUCUGCACCUCAUCCUCAUCAUUCACAGCAUCAGCUCUGUUCCCUGCACUUUGGUUCUCUCCAUUUUCUUUGCUACAGCAGAUCACAUGCUUUACACCCAGGAUAGAAUAUGCUCUGUGGAGACGUUCCUAUUGUACAGCUGGCAAAGUCAUCUUAGAUCAGCUGUGUGUCAACUAUUCUUCCUGGUUAUGAGUAUAAUUAUUGUUUUCUCUUAUGUUGAAAUAAUGAAAGUGGCCAAAGCUGCAUCUGGAGAAGAUAAAAAGUCAACAUGGAAAGGGCUCAGAACUGUGAUUAUUCAUGCCUUCCAGCUGCUGCUCUGUCUCAUCCAGCUGUGGUGCCCCUUCAUAGAAACUGCACUGCUUAAAAUUGAUUUAAUGUUGUAUAAACACGUCAGGUACAUUAAUUACAUUAUCUUUAUUCUAACUCCAAGAUGUCUCAGUCCUCUCAUCUAUGGUCUCAGGGAUGAGUUGUUUUUCCAGUCACUGAAGAACUAUGCUCUUCGUGGUUUGUACAACAAACAUUUUUCAAAUUAA